UUUUAAUUAAGAGUUCUGUAAUGAAAAGGCAUUCUAAAAUAAAAAAUCAUAUCAAAAAUAGUACAAAAUAAAAAGUCACCAGCUGUUACCCACCACUAAACACGAAAUUUCACAUCUAAUACCCCUCUAUCCCUCUAAAAACACAAAAACUCAUCAAAAUCCCACCCUCUCAAUCCUCCCUUACCCCUAACCCCCUACACCACUUAACCACCUCUUCUAGGUCAGAACAAAAAGUAGCCACCCAAGAACACAAGUUUGCCUUAAGCCUGGUCAACCGAGCAGAAGACAGGUACACAAGGGUCAACAGUGAAUUUUAUCAAAGCAUGGAAAAGAUAAAUAUGUUUAUUAGUGACGAUCCCGACUGGGUAUUCUGAAAAGCAUUAACCAAGCUUAAGUUGGCAAACUACAAAUCUAUUGAGAUCACUAUCAAUUCGUAUAAUGGUAAACGAAAAAAGAAUUUACAAACAUCCUAAACAGACUCAUGCCAAACAAAUUCAAUACUUUAGAAGUUUCUUCUUAUUCACCCGGAGUAUGAGGCUUGAGUAGAAUUUUUAUUCCUUUGACAAAAGUUAUCACUGGAGGAGAAGAGACAUUAUCCUUGGAUAGCUUUAAAAUUUCUAAAAGACAACUUCAAAAAAUAAUGUAUCAUGCCAAGGACAUGAAAACUAUUUGAUUAGGAUACUGCAUUCUAGACACAGAAAAUCUCACUUUGCCUUCUAUUGGGUCAUACAAGACAACUUAUUUGAGCUUUUGGGAUAGCGGAGAUCCUACUCGAUCUGAUUGGAUAAACAAUCCUGAUAAAUCACUAUAAAAUAUUGAAAAACUAGUUUAAAAUACCACAAAUGACAUCUAAGAUGAUCCCGAUUCAGUAUAAAAACAUCUUAUCCUAUUCAACUCUUACAGCAUAUCAAAAAUACAUUUUCCAAAAUCAUUUACACAAUUUACUUCGAAGAUUAAACUUGCAAUAGAUUCACUUCAAUCCUCACAGCAAUCUCUAAAUGCUCUUUAAUAAAUUCUUUGAAGAAGCUUGAAAUGAACUUCUCUCCAUUCAAACAAAAAGAGGCUACAGAAAUAGUACAAAAUCUAGGAUUCACAAGAACAGAAAUAGACUUUGGAGAUGACCAAAAAUAGCGUACUAUCAAUCUCUAACCCUCUGAAUCUCAUUAUUUCUUCACAUCUCAAUACUUCCCAAU